UGACGAUAAUGGCGAUAUAAUAUAUGCGCUGAAAUCUACUUUAAUGUGCCACUUGAAUUUGCUAUCAAUAUGGAUUACCCAAACAAAAAAGCGAAAUAAUUCUAGCAACCAUAAGCAUAACGUUGUUUACCUUGUCAGCCAUCUUGAUUUUUGCUUUUGGCGAUCUGAACUUUUCAAUAUUCUUGGCGAUUUGAAGGAACACAUUAAAAUAGAUUUCAACUGAUUUAUAUUGUUUAUUUCCGGUACAUGGCAAAAUAUGCUUUGAGGUUUAUAAGUCCCUGUAUCAUAACUAAUUUCAAAUAAAUACACUUUGACGACUUUCAGUUAAAAGCUGAGACAAGAUAUCUUAGUUUUUAUCAAACUUUUGCACUCUUAUCGAAAAAAACAUACUUUAAUCUUUUAUUGUGAAGUUUAUGUUUAAGAUAAAAUCCUACCUCAACUCUUUCAAAAGUACUUCAGUACAAACACAGCUAUUCUUGCCAAGAUAAGUAAUUGUGCUACGCAAGGAAAAAAGUGACCUGGUUUGAACUAUUUCAUCAAUUUCUUAUUCAAAUCAGAGGGAUCAUUUUGAAAAAAGUAACUGCCCUGUUGUUACCCUACAGAUGCACUGAAGAACUAUUGUUUUCUGAAGACCUCUUUGAGAAAUUUCUUUUAUUCCAUUAUAGCAAUGGAUGCCAUAACCGAUGACGAAAAGAAAGUAGUUGAAGAGUUGAGGAAACGAACAAUUGAUGAUAUGACACCAAAAUUGUUGAAUGAUGGUGCUGUCUUUUACAGAUUCGCUAGAGCCCGGGAUUUUAAUCUGGCGGAAGCUGAAUCUAUGCUGAGAAAACACAUAAUGUGGAGAAAGGAAUUUGGUGUAGACACAAUUUUAGAAGAUUAUAAACCCCCAGAGUUUUUAGUUAAAUAUGCUCCUGUGAGUUUUAUAUGCUUCGAUAAAGAUGGAUGCGUUGUUCGGGCACAUGAUUGUGGUCGGGUGGACUCAAAAGGUCUUGCAAGUGCAGUGAAGCAAACGGAAAUCCUGAAGUACAUGAUUUAUAUUACUGAGCUGGAUAAAGAACGCAUGAUCAAAUUAGAUGGAAAAGGAAAAAAACGUAUGGAACUUGGAAAACCUGUACUGUCACCAAUUUAUGAUUUUGACGAACUGACAUAUGCAAAAGCUGUAAGUGUGAAAAGUUUACAACUUAUAACUGCCUUUCUGAAAUUGUUUAUUGACAAUUAUCCUGAACUUUUAAAAGUUAUAACAGUCAUAAACGCCCCCUUCUAUUUCUCAUGGAUCUAUGCCGCAGUGAAACCAAUCCUUCCGCCUAGAGUCAUUGACAAAGUGCGAAUCUAUGGCUCAGAUGGUUGGAAGGAGGUACUGUUAGAGGACAGUGAUGCCGACGAUCUGCCCGCAUAUCUUGGCGGGACCAGAACGGAUCCGGAUGGAAAUCCUCUAUGCGAAACUUUUAUAAUGCGUGGACAGACCAUCCCAAAAGACUGUUACAUGCAAAAGGGAAAGAAGAAAUUAGCUCUGGAACCCGAUGUACAAAAAUUUACGGUGAUGCCAUUCUCCAAAGAAGAAAUAACUUUCAAGGUGACGGAAGAGAAUUCGUAUCUAGAAUGGGAAUUCGAAACAAAGUCCAGGGACAUCGAUUUUUCUGUGCAUUUCAAAGGAGAAUCUGAAGAAGAUUCAGAGCCCAUAAUGAUCAUUCCCAAACAAAGAAUAGACACCUGUUAUGAAACAGAAAAAGGAUGCUUCAAAUGUGAGAAACGAGGCAAUUAUAUAAUUGUUUUCAGCAACACUUUCAGUUGGAUCCGAUCAAAGGAAAUUUAUUACAGAGCUGGAAUCAAAAAUCAAAAGAACAGCUCAAUACUCUAAUCGACUGAACAUCCAUUUCAGAUUAUUCGACUUCAGUCGAAAUGUUGAAAAGUGUCCUUGUAUAGUUUUGUUUUUAAAUAAAUAUAUACUAAGUGUA